UACAAAUCCCAGCAGGCCGGGGACAGAGGCUGCACCUCAGGUUGCCUCCUUCCUGCCUGCGAGCACGGCGAGGGGCGACUAUAAACAGCACCGUCCCAGCUUGGAUGCUGCCCCUGGAGAGGCUCCAAGGCGGCUGACAGUGGAGGAUGGCAGAGCCUGAAAGCACCGUGAUAAACACCCAGGUGAAACAGAAAGACCCCAGAGAGGCACUGGUUAUUGCAGUGACCACCAGAGCCAUCUUCGAGCUGGAGGAGGAACACAAGCUGUACCUGGAGAAGGGCAAAGAGGAGUACACAAGGCAUCAGCUGGCCAACCAGGACAAGCCUUUGCCACCAGGCACAGCCUUUGCCUUCAUCCAGGCAGCACAGUAUGUGAACAAGAAGAUGCUGGAAAGCAACCCAGCAGAGAAGAGCCUCUUUGACAUCCUGGUGCUCUCCAACAACAGCCCGGAGAGCGGCGUGCGCAUCAUCAACAGUGCCAAGCACUAUGGCCUGGAGAUCUCCAAGUUCUGCUUUGUCAGUGAUGAGGACUCCACACAGUAUCUCAAGUCCCACGGGGUCAAGCUCUUCCUCUCAGCUGACAGGACAGAUGUCUGCAAUGCCCUCCGGAGAGGGGUGUCAGCAGCGCUGGUCUGUCAGCAGGAGGUGCAGGCCCCCAGCACCCCGCUGCGGGUGGCGUUUGAUGGCGAUGCUGUGCUCUUCUCGGACGAGACAGACCAGGUGUUCCGGCAGCAGGGGCUGGAGGGGGCGCUGCGCUACGAGCGGGCGAUGGAGGCGGUGCCCAUGGGAGAGGGUCCCCUGAAGGCUUUUGCCAUGCACCUGGGGAAGAUGAGCAAGAAGUUCAACCAGGAGACCUCCCCCAUCCGCACCUACCUGGUGACCGCCCGCAGCGGCCGGGACAUGGGCGCCAGAGCCAUCAAGACCCUCCGGCAGUGGGGCUUGGCCAUCGAUGAGGCUUUCUUCAUGGAUGGGGCUCCCAAGGGCCCCAUACUCUCCCAGAUCCAGCCCCACAUUUUCUUUGAUGAUGGGCUUCAUAACAUCCAGGGGGCUCAAGAUGUGGGUGUACCUUCUGCCUGGGUUCCCUCCUGCUAAGGGGCUCUCCAGGCCAGCAGUCUUCUCUCCCAACAGUAGAGGGGACUCAGCCAGAUGGAGGUAAAGCUUCUGGUGGAGAGGGAAGGACUUCCCUCAGUGAGUGGAGGCAAGAGCACUGCACAAGAGCACAGACUACCAGACAAAACCUGAUGUUCGUUCCUGCUCCUGAUAUCAGGUCCUUCAGGUCACAGAACAUAGCCCAAAGAUGCAACUGCUCCAGGAUGGAAGGACACCUUUGCUGUGGCACUUACCUGCCCUCUAGGUCCCAGGGACUUUUCUCCUCUGCAAAGAAAUAAAUCAAGCCAUUGCCCUGCCCCA